AUGGAAGGUGCUCCUGGACCUCAGUACAACCCCCGCACCGUCGAAGCUGUUUUCCGGGAUUUCAAGGGCCGUAGAGCUGGUUUGAUCAAAGCUCUCACCACUGAUGUUGAGGAAUUUUACCAGCAGUGCGAUCCUGAAAAGGAGAAUCUUUGUCUGUACGCGUAUCCCGGUGGAUCAUGGGAAGUUACUUUACCUGCUGAAGAAGUUCCUCCUGAACUUCCAGAGCCUGCACUGGGCAUCAAUUUUGCUAGGGAUGGAAUGCAUGAAAAGGAUUGGCUAUCUUUAGUUGCUGUUCACAGUGAUGCAUGGCUACUCUCUGUGUCUUUCUACUUUGCUGCAAGAUUUGGUUUCGGCAGAUCUGAAAGGAAACGCCUUUUCACUCUGAUUAAUGAUCUGCCAACAAUAUUUGAGGCUGUGACUGGAUCUGCAAAGAAACAGGAAACGGAAAAGCCAUCCGUCUCGAGCCACAACAACUCAAAGCCUGGUUCAAAAGUGCGUGGAUCUGAACCGGAAAACCAAGAAGAAGAAGAAGAGGAAGAUGAAGAAGAGGAUGACGAGGUAUUGGACGAAGAAGAUGAGGAGCAAGGGGAGUGUGCUGCUUGUGGCGAGAGCUAUGUAUCUGCGUCUGAGGAGUUCUGGAUUUGCUGCGACGUGUGUGAGAAGUGGUACCAUGGAAAGUGCGUGAAGAUCACUCCUGCCCGAGCCGAUCACAUCAAGCACUACAAGUGUCCUGCAUGCAACAAUAAGAGAUCUCGUCCUUGA